AUGGCGAAUUCAGUGGAAAUCCCACAAGAUAUCAUCGACAAUGUUAUUGUGGCACUUGGCAAUGACACGCCUUCACUCAAGCAAUGUGCGCUCGUUUCUUCCUCGUUCCUUCUCCCAAGUCGCAAGCAGCUAUUCUACAGCAUUCGUUUCGGAUUCAACAAUGAAGCUUGCCACAAGCUUCAUCAAUUCUUCGUCCAAAAUCCAGUCAUUAUAUCCUUUGUCAGAAGGAUAAAGUUCCACCCAGGUUGGGAUUACACGCCUUUGUUUGACAAGUUGUUACUUGCCAUUCUCCAACUCCCGUUUUGUCACCUGGAGGAAUUCUCGCUCGAUUCAAUGGGGAUUGGGGUUGUGAAUUGGACUGACUUGAGUGGUGAACUCAAGGAUGCGCUCUCGACUCUCAUACAUUCACCCACCCUCAAAAUCCUCCACCUCAGAUACGUUGACAAUGCACCAGUUACCCUCUUCCUUGGCAUUGUCCAGCUUCUGAAAUUACAUUUGAGUUCAGUCUCGCUCAACUAUUCUGAUGGCGAGCAGCCAAGCUCGCUGAUACCAAAGGGAGUGGCGACAACGGCUUCUCAUACGGUGAUUGACCGAUGUGUAUGGUUUUUCAAUGGGUCAACGCCUGGUUAUCCGACUGAAGGGAUAUUCUUGCCAUUCAUGUCCUAUUUGCGCAUUCUCGAAAUCGACAUCAACCCACAUUCCGCAACCAUGUCUGACUUUGCUGUCUUGUCCUUUGUGAUGCGUUCUCUUUGUGCCAGUCUCACAUCCCCUGCUACACUUGAACAUCUCAAGCUCAACAUCAAGUUUGAAGGCUAUGAUAACAACUUCCAACACUACCCAUUUUACGACGAUUUACGUGACGAUGAUGUUUGGGGCCUCCUAGACUCCAUUGUAACACAUCCGACUGGUUCACGGUUACAAAGAGUCAACAUCGACAUCAUAUAUUGCUUUUGUUAUGACGCCGAUGGGUCAAACCCCGACAACGAUGAUAUCUUGGAAGCUGUCCUUGACAGCUUACCUCUACUUCACGAGAAAGGCAUUUUGUUCCUCAAAGCUAAUCCAGAGUGGUGA